UCGGUUUCGAGCUGCCGUGGAGCUACACCAAUGUUAUCAAGUGAAGUUGAUCGUCUACUGAAGCCGAAAAAGCGAAAAAACGAAACGAAAAACCGAAAAAGUGUGCCGUGGAGCCUGUACUUAAGAAGACCUAUGAAGAUAUGUCAAGUACCGAUUUAAAAAGGAUUCAUUAUUAGAGCAAAGUGUUUCAAACAUGUAGGACGUAGGUAUUUUUAUGGCUGCCAUAAAAGGCAGUGCUAAAAUCUUGCUAAUUGAAUGUCUCGUCUCUUUUAUGGAUAUUGCCGUUAUACACAAUGUGACAAUGGCGAAACGUACCCCAUAAAUCAUCGAAUUACCCAAGGUGAUGGAUGCGGAGGGUAAGAGGAGGCACAAAGGAGGCUGCCAUUGCGGCCAGGUGCGGUAUGAGGUCAUCGCGCCGACCCAGGUCACUGCCGUCGAGUGUAGCUGCGAGCCGUGCUCCAAGCGGCAGGCUCGCUACUUCCCCGUGCCGGCCGACCAGUUUCGGCUGGUGCAGGGUCACGGUCACCUGAGCACCUUCGGCGCCGGCACCGCCCGACACAGCUUCUGCAGCACGUGCGGCGUACAGAGCUUCUUCAUACCGGCCGGGGGAGAUAACGACGUGGUUGGAGUCAUGCCCCACUGCCUCGACCCCGGAACUAUGAAGAAGGUGAAAACGGAACGGCGGGACGCCAGCAAGUCACCGCCGCUGUCCCGCGCCGCCAAAUGAAGGCUGCCAGCGAGCUGACUCACGCCCUCGUGCUUUCCGCGCCCUGCUGACCUCUGAUGUAUCGUAAAUCGGGAGCUGAAGUGUAUUUUGUAAUGUAAUAUAUAUUGAUAUUCGACGAA